AUGACAGUUCUUAUAUCUUCAGCAUUUACAAAUCAAACUCUUCCAUUAGAUAUUUUACAAUAUCAUGCAGCCAAUAAACUACUUACAAAGAAUCAUAAAACAAAAGAAGCCUUGAAAGUUAAUGGAAAUCUGAUGAAAGACUUAGUUGAUCCAAGAUCUAAUAUUACCUGCCUGAGUCCUGAUAUUAAAGAUCUAAUAUUACCUCCUCGUUCUCUAGAAACUUUCCACACAAUUAUUUCCAAUGACCAUUAUCACAUGACAUGUUCUAUCUUAUAUCCAGUAAAUAUUCAAUUGGAAAAUCAAUCUUAUACUUUGGAAAAUAUUUAUGUAAAACCAGUGCCUUGUGAAAAUUAUAAAUUACUUAUUGGAAUAGAUUAUCUUAAACCGGUUGGUGCAAUUAUCCAUACUACAGAUGGUUCUAUUGAUUUCGAACAUCCACUGGACAAAUUACAGAUAAAUAAUGCCAAACUUGGUUCAGUCAUUACAGAUGUUGAAUUUGAAAGAAAAAUAAAGAAUGUAAUAAACCAUUUGAAUAAUAAGUAUAUAAAUAACAUUUAUCAAUAA